AGCGGGCGAGCUCGCCCGGUAGGGGGAAGAAGCAGCGGCCGGUCGGAAUCUUCAACGUCGUCCGGAAAGCUUUGAGGCUAGUGCCGUGAGCUGCGGUGGAGUUGUCAUCGCAGAGGGUCGUCAGGAGGAGAUGGUAGAGUGGGUUUGGUAAUUACAUGCAUUAUAGAAGGAGCCCUAGCGUUUUGUCUCCCCGUAUUUAUUUUCGGUUCUCUUGUUUUAUUGGGAUGACGACUGAGGGAGGGAAAAGCUUUGCAAGAAGGGAUCGUCUGUUGGAGAUUGAGGCUACUGUGCGAACCUGGUGGACAGAAAAAGACAUUUUCGGUGCUGAAUCUUGUGAAAAACCUCCUGAACAGGGUGAAAAGUUUUUUGGCAAUUUUCCAUUUCCAUAUAUGAAUGUUUUGCAUCUUGGACAUGCAUUUUCGCUUUCGAAGCUUGAAUUUGCCGCAGCAUAUCACAGACUAAGAGGGGCAAAUGUGCUUUUGCCAUUUGCUUUUCACUGCACUGGUAUGCCCAUCAAGGCAGCGGCUGACAAACUGGCCAGGGAGAUCCAACAGUUCGGUGAUCCUCCAGCAUUUCCAAGUGAAGAAGAGAAUCAGGUCAACCAAGAAUUGGAAACAGAGGAGCAAAAUGCAUCUGAACCAGCCAUGAAAGACAAGUUCAAAGGGAAGAAAUCUAAGGCUGCAUCAAAAUCAGGUGGGCAGAUGUAUCAGUGGGAGAUUAUGCGUAGUCUUGGCCUCUCAGAUAAUGAAAUAUCAAAAUUUCAGGAUCCUUACAACUGGUUGAGUUUCUUUCCUCCAUUAGCUAUGGAUGAUCUCAAGGCUUUUGGGUUGGGUUGAUGGAGACGUUCCUUCAUCACCACAGAUAUGAACCCAUUUUUUGACUGCUUUGUAAGGUGGCAAAUGAGGAAGUUGAAAUCUAUGGGUAAGAUUGUGAAAGAUCUGCGGUACACAAUUUACUCUCCUCUAGAUGGCCAACCAUGUGCAGAUCAUGACCGGGCAACUGGUGAAGGAGUUCAACCUCAGGACUACACUCUAAUAAAGAUGGAGGUAGUUCGACCAUUUCCACCAAAAAUGGGAGUUUUAGAAGGGAAAAGAGUGUUCUUGGCUGCUGCAACUUUGAGACCGGAGACCAUGUAUGGGCAAACAAAUGCAUGGGUGUUGCCCGAUGGCAAAUAUGGAGCUUUUGAAAUCAAUGAUACCGAUGUGUUCAUUGUUGCACAGAGGGCAGCCCUCAACCUGGCCUACCAGAGAUUCUCCAAGAUUCCAGAGAAGCCUACUUGCUUGGUGGAGCUGACGGGUUACGAUCUUAUUGGUCUUCCCUUGAAGUCACCACUUUCAUUUAAUGAGAUUAUCCAUGCUCUACCCAUGCUGACUAUCCUUAUGGACAAAGGAACUGGGAUCGUGACUAGUGUACCCAGUGAUGCUCCUGACGACUACAUGGCAUUGCAUGAUUUGAAAGCAAAGCGAGGUCUCAGGGAAAAGUAUGGCGUGAAGGAUGACUGGGUAUUGCCCUUUGAGAUUGUGCCAAUCAUUAAUAUUCCAGAAUAUGGAGAUAAGGCUGCGGAAAAAGUCUGCAAAGAUAUGAAAAUUAAGAGUCAGAGAAAAGAUAAGCUCGCAGAAGCAAAGCAGAAGACAUACUUGAAAGGAUUUACUGAAGGAACUAUGCUUGUGGGGGAAUAUGCAGGAAUGAAAGUGCAAGAAGCAAAGCCAUUGAUCAGAAGCAUGCUUACAGAGACUGGACAGGCUAUUAUGUACAGUGAACCUGAAAAAAGGGUUAUGUCAAGGUCAGGUGAUGAAUGUGUUGUUGCUCUUACAGAUCAGUGGUACAUCACUUAUGGGGAAUCUGAAUGGAAGAAGUUGGCUGAGGAAUGCCUUUCUAACAUUAAUCUGUAUUCCGAUGAGACACGACACGGCUUUGGGCAUACAUUGGGCUGGCUAAACCAGUGGGCUUGCUCACGAUUGUUUGGCCUUGGCACUCGCAUCCCUUGGGACGAGCAAUUCGUCGUGGAGUCAUUAUCCGACUCUACUAUUUACAUGGCUUACUACACGAUAGCCCACCUCUUGCAUAAAAAUGAUAUGUAUGGUUCUAGCACUUCAAUGAAACCUGAACAAAUGACGGAUGAGGUGUGGGAUUUUGUUUUCUGUGGUGGUCCCAACCCUCAAUCAUCUGAUAUUCCAUCUUCUGUGCUUAACCAGAUGAAGCAAGAGUUUGAAUAUUGGUAUCCUCUUGAUCUAAGAGUAUCUGGCAAGGACCUCAUCCAGAAUCAUUUGACAUUCUGCAUUUACAAUCACACGGCAAUCAUGUCUAAGCGACAUUGGCCUCGUGGAUUCAGGUGCAACGGUCACCUCAUGCUCAAUUCUGAAAAGAUGUCGAAUUCUACAGGGAAUUUCAAAACGUUGCGCCAGUCCAUUGAGGAAUUUUCUGCAGAUGCCACACGAUUUUCUCUGGCUGAUGCUGGUGACGGUGUUGAUGAUGCCAACUUUGUAACUGAGACCGCAAAUGCUGCAAUUUUGAGGCUCACAAAGGAACUUUCAUGGAUGGAAGAAGUUCUGGAUGCAGAAUCCUCUUUGAGAACUGGUCCGCUGUCUACUUAUGCAGAUAGAGUGUUUGCUAAUGACAUGAAUAUCGCUGUCAAACUGAGUGAACAGCAAUACCAGGAUUUUAUGUUCCGCGAAGCUCUCAAGACUGGCUUUUAUGAUCUUCAGGCUGCUAGAGAUGAAUACAGACUGUCGUGUGGUACUGGUGGCAUGAACCGAGAUCUGUUGUGGAGGUUUAUGGAUGUGCAAACACGACUUAUCGCUCCUAUUUGUCCCCAUUAUGCAGAAUAUGUGUGGAGGGUACUUCUCAAAAAGGAUGGUUUCGUGGUGAAAGCAGGCUGGCCUCUUGCUGAGUCUCCAGAUCUAACCCUCAGGAGCGCCAAUAAGUAUUUGCAAGACUCGAUUGUCUCGAUGAGGAAGCUGCUUCAGAAACAAAUUUUUGGCUCGAAAAAGGCAAACAAGGGAGCCCCAGUUACCUCACAAACAGAAGAAAAGCUCAGAGGUUUGAUUUACGUAAACGAACAGUAUGAUGGAUGGAAAGCUGAGUGCCUAAGGAUACUGCAGAACAAGUACAACAGGAAAACACGUUCCUUUGCGCCGGAUGGCAAGAUAAUGGAUGCUCUGAAGCAGAGCAGUGUAGGCCAGGCCAGCGAUUUCAAGAAAAUCCAAAAGCUUUGCAUGCCCUUUUUGAAGUUCAAGAAAGAUGAAGCAAUAACUCUUGGUGCUCAAGCUCUGGAUCUGAAGCUCCCCUUUGGAGAGAUUGAUGUUCUUGAAGAAAGCGUGGACUUAAUUAGGAGGCUGCUUGGUCUUGAAGAAGUGGAAGUUUUGUCGGCGGCGGACCCCAAUGCUCUAACAAUGGCCGGUAAUCUUGCCUUGCUACUGCAACAGAAUCCGCCAUCUCCUGGAAAUCCUACCGCCAUCUUUUUGGCUAGGUAAAGCUGCGCUUUGAAUACUUUGAUCUAGUGUUAGCUUGAGCAGUUCCAAUUUGUUUCAAAGUAGUGAUGGAUUGGGAUUUGAAGUUUUGUGUUUUAUGCAUUUACAAGAGAAAACCAUAGGUUCUGAACCUCCCCUUCCCUUUUUUUUGUUGGGUUUUUUUAAUUAUCCCUUGGUAUAAACUAUAAACUCAAUAGUUCUGAAUUCGAGGGAAGAUGAUGAUGCAAUACUAUGCUAGCGGUGUCGCUCGUCAGUUGUAGAUAGGACUCGGCUCCAUGCCAUUGUUGUCCUUAUAUAUCCUCGAACAAUUAUGCAACCAGAAUUUCUCCA